AACCUCGUGACGGGCCAGAACAUUUGGGACAGCCUGUGGAUGAACUGCGUGAUGCAGAGCACCGGGCAGAUGCAGUGCAAGCUGAACGAGUCGGUGAUGAGUCUGACCAGGGACCUCCAAGCCGGCCGAGCGCUGGUCAUUAUCUCCCUUAUCUUCGGCUUCAUCGGCAUCAUGAUCACCUUCAUCGGAGCCAAGUGCAUGGGCUGCCUGGACAAGGAUUCCUCAAAGGCCAAGGUGGUGAUCAUGGGCGGCUGUUUCAUCAUUGUGUCCGCCGUCCUCAUCCUGAUCCCCGUCUGUUGGUCCGCGGCCAUCACCAUCGCAGACUUCCAGAACCCCUUGACCAUUAGUUCGCAGAAGAGGGAACUUGGAGCGUCCAUCUACAUUGGCUGGGCAUCUGCUGCUGUUCUUCUGAUCGGUGGGAUCACCCUCACCACGUCCUGCCCUCCUCAAAAGAACAUGUAUGUAUACCCAGGCUACCCACCAGCACCGAUGUACCCUUACGCUGGCCCAGGGAUGAACCCGGCACCGUAUGUCCCAAUGUAUGCGCCCGCAUACAGCCAUCCGUACACAGGCAGUGGGACAUACACCGAACAAACCGUAUGCAGCACCAACCGCAUACUCUGCCAGACAAUUCCUCUAAAACCUGACGGGACACAAGGAGGAUAAAGACUGACAUUUUUGCCAGGAAUGCCUGCAAAUUAUGAUGCCCCUAUAAAGUAAAAUAGAAUCAAAAUACACAUUGUAUUUCUAGAGGAUGGUAUGUAUUCCGAUGCACUGUAGGGAUGUAUAAUGAAUCCACUCAAGCAAGCCCUGACUUUAUUUUAUGGACAGGAUCAAUCUGUCAUGAAGUGUUUUCUGUUUUGGGAUGAUUAUGUGCUCUAAAGUAGAAAUCUUCUCACUUUAUGAAGUCUUUAUGUCAGAUGAAUAGUGUGUGAACACGGCUGUGUGCACUGAAAGUUGCAUUUCUUUUUACUGUUUACAGGAAGUCACUGUCUACAUAUUUAUUGUAUUAUCGUGCAGAGCGACAUAUGUAAAUAGUGAUGAUUUGUGACGUUUGUUUUCUGUUAAUGCAUCUUUAUUUUUAAAGAUUUUCAAUGAAAUA